AUGUAUCGAUAUGAUUGUAUGCUAAGUACAUUCUCCGAGGUGUUUUACUCGUUCAAUCAGCUGUUAGCUAAUCAGGCGGUUUCUACUGUCGCUGUUUUGCUGUUUCAUAGGAGUGCUCCGGAAACGGACAUGGAACAGGGAUACGAGAAGCGUCUACUAGGGUCGCCCUAUAAAUCGCCAAUCAAAUCUGGCAGUCCAAUGAAGACACCGACUAAGGAUAACUAUCUGGAUCGGUACAUCCCCUCGCGCUCCAACGCUAAAUGGAAGAAUCCGUCAUUUGAGGUGUCGAAGUGUCUGUUUCAGUCUACUUCCCAACCAUCAACGGGUGUGCGUGGCCAAGGUGACGCAUCACCCAGUUCGCUUUCAAACACUGGAGCCAAUAGAAUAGCCAACACUCAGACGACCCCAUUGCGUGGCAAUCAAUCGAAUCCAAAUCUGACUUCAACACUUCCCCGUAGUAGUUCAGAUUCAAUUAUCACAGACUAUCCGCCACAUUUGGCCAUUGUCUCCACUCUCGUGCAUAACGAACUCGUCGAAAAUAUUGAUUCGUCCAACCAGCAUUCUGUUGCUGGAGCACUAAAUGAAGCAGCAAUUUUUGCCCCUCGAGAAAAUCUAAAUAUUUUUUCUUUCAAACUCAGAAAGGAGAGCCCUUGUAAAUUAAAAUCAUCGCCAUACUCACUAUCUCCAGUAUCAGAAAAAAGUCAGCGUCUCCUUCAGGCUCCUCAGAAAUUUACGCGCUACAUACCUCGGAUGCCCUACAAGGUACUAGAUGCCCCCGACCUGCAAGACGACUUUUAUCUCAAUCUUGUUGAUUGGUCAUCCCAAAAUGUGCUCGCAGUUGGUUUGGGCGCAAGUGUGUACCUGUGGAACGCCUACACUAGUCAGGUGACGCGGCUCUGCGACUUCUCUGAUGACACCGACGCCAUCUCCUCCGUCUCGUGGACUAAGAAGGGCACCAAUCUGGCAGUGGCGACGUAUCGCGGCCGUGUGCUCAUCUGGGACGUUGAAGCCACUCGGUGCAUCCGUCGAUUGGAGGGCCACGUAGCGCGUGUAGGUGCGCUUGCCUGGAACGGCGAUCUUUUGGCAUCGGGCUCGCGUGACCGUCAAAUUCUCCUUCGCGAUGUCCGAGCUGGUCCGACCUCGGGCGGUGGCCUCUCGCACUCCUCUACCACUAGCUGGUCGGGCAUAGAGGUUCACAGUGAUGUACCCUCAGCCGCCACACCGUCUGCCACUUCCGCCUCAACUUCUGCUGCCUCUUCCUCCUCCCUUUCCCUUAUGCACAUCGAUCGCGAGCUUCUCUCUAACUCCACUCGCGCUUCCCUUGGUCUUAACAUUCCCACCAGUAGUACAUCUACUGGUAGUCUCAGUGGUGGCUCAAUGAUCCCAAAUUAUAGCGGCCUCAUUCCUUCUGAUCUGGGCAAUACCUGCCCAGGAAGUGUCCGCGUCCUCAAAGACCAUAAGCAGGAGGUCUGUGGUUUGAAGUGGUCCCCGGAUAAUCAAUACCUAGCUUCCGGUGGCAACGACAACCGUCUUCUGGUGUGGAGUCAGCAUGUAGCCAGUUUUUCAACGCCUAUCCUCUCCUACGAGGAGCAUGUGGCCGCGGUCAAAGCCAUCUCUUGGUCGCCUCACCAGCAUGGCCUCCUGGCCAGCGGUGGGGGCACGGCCGACCGGUGCAUCCGCUUCUGGAACACUCUCUCCGGCCAGGCUUUGCGCUCUAUCGAGACUGAAAGCCAGGUAUGUAAUCUGGCGUGGUCGGAACACAACAAUGAGUUGGUAAGCACGCACGGCUACUCACAGAAUCAGAUCCUCGUGUGGCAAUACCCCUCGCUGCGCCAACUGGCCAAACUUACUGGCCACUCCUCGCGUGUCCUUUACCUUGCUGUCUCGCCCGACGGAGAGAACAUUGUCACCGGCGCUGGGGACGAAACUCUACGCUUCUGGAAUGUCUUCUGCCGAGCCAAAUCACCCAAGCCCACUUCAUCAACUUUCAAUCUAUUUGGAGCGAUUCGAUGA